AACAUGGAAAGAAAAAACGUGUAUUUUCAGUGCAUUUCGCUUUUUUAUUUCCGAAAAGGCAAAAACGCGUGGCAAACUCACAAAAAGAUAUGCGCCGUGUACGGAGAGAAUGCCGUAAGCGAAAGUGUGUGUCGGAAGUGGUUUGCAAAAUUUCGUUGCGGAGAUUUUGAUCUCCAAGAUGCUCCUCGCUCUGGUCGGCCAGUCACUACUGAUGUCGAUCAAAUCAAGGCUUUAAUCGACUCCGACCGGCAUUUGACGACUACAGAGAUCGGACAUAACCUCAACAUUGACCAAUCAACUGACUUUCGAGACACAUACGGAAGCUUAGGAUGCUUGCGAUUUGCUGCUCAAACGCCACCAAAACGAACUAUUUUUAAAGCGGAUGAUCACUGGCGAUGAAAAGUGGAUUGUCUACAACAAUGUCAGUCGGAAAAGAUCACGGUGGAGGCGCGGGAAGGCUGCUCAGAUGAUCGCAAAGGCUGGAUUACACCCG